UAUCCACAAGGAAGAUAAAUUUCAGUUGAGCUCCAACCAAAUAGGGCAUACAUAUAUUUAUAUUUAACUUUAACUAUAUAAUAAGUGAAGGUUUAUGGUAUGACAAAGGACAUUUUUGCAAAUAUGACCUUCUUUAUGGCUAAUUGUAAACAUAUCUUUGUACCCUGAAAACCAAACAAUUUCAAGUGGUCUAUGGACCUUGGUUUUUGAGGAUAUACAAAGAGAAGUGCUGUCCAGGAUUUUCAGAAUUAUUCAGGGAAUCGUUAUCAAAUUAAUUGAUAUAAUCUAGAAACAAAGCCAAACGUUGUUGCUUCAAUCAACACUCAUGAUCAAGAAUUCAGAUAAACAAACCACUCCACACCAUAAACAGAACAAAGUUGCAGCCUGAUGAAUUGCAGCACACCAACAAAAAUAGCACAAACACUGCCUCUCUUCAACUCAAUCAUUCACUCUUCUCGAGGUGGUGCUCUUUGAUAUAAUACACACUCAUCGAGUGAAAAAGUUUGGAUUUUUGAACUUGUGGGCAGGAAGCAGGAGGGGAUUUAGUGCAGUUACUGUGAAGAAAAUGGCUUGGAAUUUGGAGAAAUGUGAUGGGAAUGUGCAGACUAAGAUGGUUUCUGUGUGUCCUGCUACAGAAGAUUAUGCUCAAGACGCAAUUGAAGCUAUCAAGGCUAGGAAAGUCAUAGCUGUUCCUACUGACACACUAUAUGGCUUUGCUUGUGAUGCUUGUUCUGCUGAGGCAGUGAAUCGGAUUUAUGAGAUCAAAGGACGUAAGCAUACAAGUCCGCUAGCAAUUUGUGUUGGCGAUGUUCAUGACAUACAACGAUAUGCUGUGACGGAUCAUCUGCCUCAUAGCUUGCUUGACUGCCUUCUUCCAGGACCUGUAACUGUGGUCCUAAGGCGAGGUGAAUCGAGUAUCCUUGAGAAGUCAUUAAACCCUGGAUUAGAGAGCAUAGGGGUUCGAGUGCCAGACUGUAACUUCAUCAGGGUAAUUGCCCGUGGUUCUAGAAGUGCCCUUGCACUUACUAGUGCAAACCUCAGUGGACAAUCCAGUAGCAUAGACGUCAAAGAUUUUGAGAACCUUUGGGAGCACUGUGCAUAUGUCUAUGAUGGUGGAAUUCUUCCAGCUGGACGAGCUGGAUCGACAGUGGUGGAUCUUACUAAGCUGGGGAAGUACAAGAUUCUAAGACCUGGGAGUGCCAAGGAAGAGACCGUUGCUAUCCUUGAAAGACACUCACUACUGGAAGAUGGAAAUGGCGAUUAGCAAACUGCUGUUCAAGUUGAAUCUGUUCGCCAAAAAAAUGAGCCUCAUUCCUGAGUUUGUAAAGUAUGAUUCAUAAAAACAUGACGCAAUGCAUUUGUGUCUGAAGAAAGCUUUCAUGCUUCAAUUUGAAGUCCAAAUAACUUCGAGUAGAGGAGCAAGCAACACACGUUUGUUUAGUUUGAUAAUGGAAGCUUAAUCGCUUACUAAAUAGGAUCCAAAGUGUGUUUCCUGUUCUCCAUUUGGUAGCAUUUGAGAGUAUUUAUAAUGUAAUGAAUCAUGUAUUCCAUGAAAAUCUCAUAUUUAGAAUUUUUUGACCUUUGAGAUUCAUCAGUGUCUUGCUAAUGAAUAAUGAAUGGAAAAAGUUUUAUGGACUCCUUAA